AUGGCGACAAUGUUUAAGAAGCCCAAACGCAACUUUCGUCGAAAACUUGUGUCUGAAAGUGAUUCAGACCAAGAGAAUGAUAGCAAGAAAGACACAAAAGCUGAAGAAAGAAAUGAGGAGCCAAUGGAAAUUUCUGGCACUAAAGACAAUGAUAAAAAAGUUAAAAAGAAAAAAUCUGAAAAGGAUGCGGCAGCAAAAAUAGCUCUGAGUUUUGAUCAUGAUGAAGGUGAUGAUACAGAAAUAUUUCAAGUUAAAAAAUCAAAUCAUAGCAGACGAGUUGCCAAACAGCUGAAAAAGGAAACACUGAAGGAGAAACAGGGUGACAAACCAGCUAGUCCAAAGCUUAAAACUGACCUGAAUAACGAAACUAGUCAUGAUUUGGCAGAGGAGCAGCUAAAGAAACUGCGAGAAGAAAUAAAAACCCUGAAUGGUGAUGACGAUGACGAUGAUGACAGCGAUGAUGAAACAGGACACACUUUCAGAUCUAUGUUGGCUCGUGGAGAAAUACCUGAUGCAAGAACCAUCCAUAUGAUACGCAAACAGCGGCAGUACAAACGAGAACAAGGUGAUGAAAUCAUUCCCUUGGAAGAGCCAGUCGACAAAAGCAAGACAGCCCGACUUGUCAGGGAUGAUGAGCAUGAUCGGAGUGAUGAUGAAGAUGAAGAGAGAAUAGAUUUCACUAUCAACCUAGCAGCUAAAGAAAGACAGAAGAUGAGAGAUGAUUUCCUUGCAGCUGAACAUGGAAGUGAUAAUGAAGUCAGUGAUGAAGAUCAGAAAGAGUGGGAAGCGGAGCUCAUCAGAAAAGCUGUCACAGCCGUUGUACCCCUGCCAGAGACGGCCAGUGUUAUGGACACUUUCACCAACAGCUAUAGUAACCACAGCUCUAUAUUCGAGAGUGUGCCACCGUCCACAACACCAGCCAAGAUGACUACUUUCCAAGCAUUUAAACCGAUGGCCAAAAUGACCGACCCGUCACAAAUUACGAUGGAAUCUGUCACAAAACGACUGAAGGACAGGUUGGAAUCGAUGGACGAGGUUUAUCGUGGACAUAAAAUGGAGUAUGACAAACUGACCACUAACCUUGCGGACACUGCGGAAAGCAUUGAUGAGUGUGAUGGGAAAUCGGCCAGCUUGGAAGAACGAUACCGGUUCUUCCAAGAAAUGAGGGGGUAUGUGAGAGACUUGGUUGAAUGUCUAAAUGAGAAGGUUCCAAUUAUCAACGAUCUUGAGCUUCGUCUGUUCAACCUGAUGAAAACAAGGGCAGAUAAGCUACUGCAGCGUCGACAACAAGACGUUCGAGACCAGUGCCAGGACUACAUGACAAGCAAGACUGUUAAAGUUGUGAUGGGGACCAAGGAAGAGCAUGCCAAACAGCGAAGAGUUGCGGAAAGAGAAGCUAGAAGGUCUCGAAGGCGUCGACAAAGAGAAUCGAAGGAUAUCCGAGGCCACCAUGACGGUUUAUCAUCAGAUGAUGAAGAGAAUCAGUCGGAUGUUUCUAAGUUCACAUUAGAGAAAGAUAACAUUAUGCAAGUUGCUGGUCAACUGUUUAAUGAUGUAGUGGAUGACUUCAGUGAACUGGAAUGUGUGCGUAGAGAGUUUGAAAAAUGGAAAUUCACUUACCGAGAUACGUACCAGGAAGCAUACAUAGGUCUCUGCCUGCCUAAACUGAUGAAUCCAUUUAUACGACUACAACUGCUCAGAUGGAAGCCUCUUGAGGAAAAUUGUAUCGAUUUUGAAGAGGCCAAAUGGUACAACUGUCUGGUGUUUCUGGGAUCCACUGAUGACGAAGCCAUUUCCCUGGAUGAUGAUGACAUCAAAAUAUUGCCUGCCGUUGUUGAUAAAAUACUUAUUCCCAAGCUCACAACUAUGGUUGAAUCUGUCUGGGAUCCACUGUCGACAACACAAACAUCUCGACUAGUAAAUCUUGUCCAGAAGCUUAUCAAAGAUUAUCCCACAGUUCGCGGAGAUUCCAAAAACACACAGGCUUUGUUGAAGGCUGCAGUGACAAGGAUGAGAAAAACAUUAGAUGAUGAUGUGUUUAUGCCAAUGUAUCCUAAACCGGUACUUGAAAAUCGAAUGUCUGGACCAGCAGUGUUUUUCCACAGACAAUCUUGGACCUGCAUUAAGCUGCUUGGUAAUUUCUUGUCGUGGCAUGGAAUAGUGUCAACGAGUGUGCUGCAGAAUCUGGCGCUGGACGGGCUGCUCAACCGAUACAUUAUUUUCAGUCUGCACAACUCCUUCAUUAACAAAGAAGCUCUGAGCAAGUGCCAGACUAUCGUAUCCACAUUUCCGAGGGAGUGGUUUACCACCGGUAUGGAAAACACAGACAAGACGAUUCCACAGCUAGAGAACUUAUGUCGAUACCUCAAGGCUUAUGCCGAAUCACUGCAUAAGAGUACCAUGCUAGCAAAAGACUCGGAGAGACUGGAAGCAAGGGAACACAUAAAGCAAAUCAGUAAACUGCUUGUGAAUAUUCAUGCCUUGGACCAUGCACUGUUGAUGUCCAACCAAUACAGCUUCAAGCUUUCUUAGCCCAGUUUAGUAGUUGACAGUCUAUAUACUGAACAGUGAGUAAUAUCGUCCAGUGAUCUGCCCGGAUCCAUGUACUGUAGUGCAAUUUGACUUGAUGUCAUGUAUGCAGAUUACAGGACGAGUCACGAAAUUGAAGUAAUCAAAGGUACACAUCAAAAGACUUGGCAAAAAUUGUUUUCAUGUUGAACAGUAUAUCAAGGAUUGUGUGUUUGAUUAAGUAUUGUACGAGAAAUGUCAACAUAUUUUGAUUUCAUUUUGUGCUCUUUUGAUAAAAGAGAGCCGAGUCAUUGACAGACAUGAUGCAUAAAAGUGAGAUUGGCUGAAUAUUUGGACAUAAUAAUAAUAUAUUGUUCCAGGGUAUUACAAGAUGUGUUCAGGACUGUUCCACAAUUAACCACACGAGGGAGUGUAGGAGGCAGUUAUUUGGUGUAUGCACCACUCACAAAAUUUAAUUUCUUUUCCACAUCACCUGUCCUCUAGCUAGUGCAUAUUCCCGUAUGAGUAGUGAAGGAAGCCACGUGACCAGAAGAAGAGGGAGCAUACAGUAGAAGAAUUUUAGGACAUCCCAUUUGCUGUUUGAAUGUUCGGACCAGACUAUUACUCAUAUGGGAAUAUGCAAUAGUUUGAAGACAGGUGAUGUAUCUAUAAAAGAGAAAACACCUCAUGUUUUCUCCAUUUUAUUGAAGCCAUGUAUGUAUAUUGUAGCAGACCUACCAGGCAUCAAAUAAGAAUUACUGCCAUUUCUCCCGUCCAGAACCCCCCCCCCCCCUCUGAGUUAUCACUUCUGGAAUAGUCCUCAACAUUGUGUUGUGUCAACAUGGUGAUCGACUCAUCAGGUUGUUUGGAGUCCAUAUCACUGUUGAUAAAUGUCAUACGAGGUGAAGAUAAAGCAAUUGAUCAUUCCACUUUUGUUAUCACAUAACAAAACAAAUCCAUUUGCACAUUCACGAAAAUCAGAUGUUCUGAAUCAGUUAUCAUUAAUAAGUAUCAGUAAGACAAUUUUGAUUUUUCUUCAAUGAAGAGGUCAUUUCCAAAAUGCUAUAUAAUAUCCAUUUUCAGCAUUUUAAGAGAGAAACUUGGUUUCGCUGGAACAUGACUUGGUGUAUAUCACACAAUGCAGAGUUUUACUAUUUUAUUCAGUGGGCAUAGAUUGCAUUUUGAUGAAAACUUCAUUAUCAUAUUGUUAAGUUGUUCUAACAUUAGUAUACCUUCACUACCAACUCCAAAAUGUGAAAAUUGGCAUAUAUAUAUUUUUAUUGUUUUUUUGAAAAUGAACUCCUUAAAUGUUUCCAACCAUAUCACUGUACAUUAAUGAUAACCACAGUAUUUUAUUAUAUAUACUAAAACGCAAAAGAAACGCAGGUUCUCAUUAAAUUGGAUAUAAAAUAUUAAAAAAACAAAACGAAAUGAAGAUUUCAACAUUUAUUUUGGAGCUACACCAA